GUGGUAAUGCCAAACAGAUUAUGAUUUCAAGUAUCUCAUAUUGGAGGGUGUUGGUUUGGUUAGUGUGUUGAAAGUGUGGCAUAGGUGGGGGUUGGUGAUUAUGAGGGAAGUACUAUUUAUACAUUAUUUUGAGUUGAUUUAUUUGAUGAGAAAGUAUGAAAACUUGCAUAUAAAGUACACUGGCCUUACCUUGGAAAUUGCCUAUAAGAGGAAUGUUGAUCCAUUUUUCAUUCAUUCUAUGGACUUCCCUACUAGUCAUCACUAUUCCUACAUGAGUAACAUUCUUUACAGAAAGAAGUGUUUGACAAAAUAAUUUUAUUUACAUUUACAAUAAUUUGUCUCUAAACAGAUAAAAAACAACUUCAAAAUUUAUGUUUUAAUUUUCAUAGGUUUACAAUAAUUUUUGGUUAUUUCACGCCGCACUAGUAAUCACCAUACUAUUUUUUCAGUGAAAGAGGUGAGAGAAGCAGCUGAGAAGCUCCGGAAGUCGCGUCAGCGAUCCUGCAUUGAGCCCGAUCCAAUCGUUUCCGACGGGUUGAAGACCGAAAUAUCCUCUGGUGUUACGUCGCCUAGACGAUUGAAGAAGUCCGACAACUCGCCUAAUUUGCCAGAGUUUAAAGUGAUUGCAAGUGACACUGAUUUGGGGAGAAGUAUUCAUCUUUGUGAAUAAAUGUAUGCAAUGUUGGGUGAGUUUUUUGAUAGAUUGGUUAACUCCAUUCUGCUUCUGAGGGGUUCCAAUCCAACCUUUUCAAAUAUUAAACCCAAAAUUGAGUCAUUCACUAAUAGGAGGUUCACCUAUAGUCAUUUGGCACAAUUGAAGUUUAUUUUACCAGAGGCCAUAGAGAUGAAGAAGACUGUUAUCCGGGAUGAACUAACUUUCUGUAUGAAGCCAGAUAUUCAUAUAACUUUGAACACUGCAGCAAUUAUGAAACCAAAUCAGCUGUCAUCAGAGUCUGGGCAUAUGUAUCUAAAGAAGAUGUUUCGUAGUAGGCUAUUGGACUACUUUAAGACCCACCCGGAGGGUGAUGUUCCUGAAGAAACACUACCGGAGCCAUUCAACAAGUCAAAGAAAGCUUGUGUUAGUGAAGAAGCUAACUCAACCUUUGGCCUUGAAAGAUCAACUGUUUUACCUGCAAUUCAGCAGCCAGUACCAGUAUCUCAUCUAUCCAAAUCCUUCAGGGGAUUUUUUUAUGUAAUCCUUCAGUUUGAAGCUGAGUAG